UUGGAGGUAGCACACAACAGAGCUGCUGUUCCCCACCCCCUCAGUGUCGCAAGGGUACGCUAUCCAUCUUCAUAUGUUACCAGCCAAUAAAGGCGGUUUUGUUAAAAGCUGCUUUUAUUUUUUUGUGGAGAAACAUAUCUACGGGAUCAAAUAUCUACUGCGCUCCAGGAAACCUUUGCACCUAGGUCAAUUUUUCUUUGCACACUGGACAAAAACGUGGAUAUAUAACAUCUUUCUGUUGUUGAAGGACAUCUGCAGCAGUUCAGUCUCCUGUUCUAAGGGUGGCCGCAUCUGUAAAAAGGAUUAACACCCCAUGAUCUGGAAGAGACUUCAGGGCAUCGUUUUGGAACAGGAUCUGUCCUAUAUUUAUGAUCAUUUUCAUCUUUGCAAACGUGCACGUUCACUUUAGAACUAAUUCAGAAAAGAUCCUUUGGUGGAUUCGCUACUCUUUAAGGAUUAGGAAUAUAGGAGUUUAUUCGGAAGAGAAUCAUUUACGUCCUGAGUGGGAAGGGUGAUCGAUCAUGAAAGCAAUAAUGAGGGAUUCGACUUGGAAAUACUGUUUUGGAGUUUUGAUCAUUGCCUGCAAGGUGGUUUUGUCCCGUACGGCGGUUUUGGAAUCCAUCUACUGGAACACUACGAAUUCCAAAUUCAUUCCUGGACAAGGAUUGGUUUUAUAUCCACAAAUAGGAGACAAGAUGGACAUUGUUUGCCCAAGGGUGGAUUCUGGUUCUGGGGAGCAAGUGGAGUAUUAUAAAUUGUACAUGGUUCCAAGAGAGCAAGUGGAAAGCUGUUCCAUCACCAAAGCAGACACACCUCUACUGAACUGCGUCAAGCCUGAUCAAGAUGUUAAGUUUACUCUCAAAUUUCAAGAAUUUAGCCCAAACCUGUGGGGCCUGGAAUUUUUAAGAAAUCAUGACUAUUUCAUUAUAUCUACAUCCAAUGGAACAAUGGAAGGUCUAGAAAAUCAAGAAGGAGGAGUGUGUCAGACAAAAUCCAUGAAGAUUAUAAUGAAGGUCGGGCAAGAUCCUAACGAACCCAUAUCACCAAAAGAUUACCCAACUCGAAAUCCACCAAAACACCAUGACGGUGAAAAAGACCAUGAAAACGAAGUAACGAACAACGCUGAAGACAAGCCUGGUAAUGGACCCAGGACAGGGCCCAACAAUGAUAAGGAAGGACAAUCAUCAAGUAUCAUUGGCUCAGAGGUAGCACUUUUUGCAGGAAUUACCUCAGGCUGUGUCAUUUUCAUUGUCAUCAUUAUCACAUUAGUGGUCCUCCUGCUGAAGUACAGGCGGAGACAUCGGAAGCACUCUCCGCAGCACACAGCCACCCUUUCCCUCAGUACACUGGCAACACCUAAGCGAGGGGGAAACAACAAUGGCUCUGAGCCAAGUGACAUCAUCAUCCCACUACGAACUGCAGACAGUGUGUUUUGUCCCCAUUAUGAGAAGGUGAGCGGAGACUAUGGACAUCCAGUGUAUAUAGUUCAAGAGAUGCCUCCUCAGAGUCCGGCAAACAUAUAUUACAAGGUUUGAGACACAUGGUGAAACAUGGUGAUGUUGUCAUUGUAUUUUUUCUUUAGAGGAUUAUUACUUUGAAGAACUCCUGGUCAGCAGCUUUCCAGAUGAGCUAUUUGAGCUCUUGUUGUGCACUAAUAACUGACUUUAAACAAUGAGACAGCCUCAGAAAUGAAGGGAGGAUGAGUGGAUCUCUGUGAUUUCUUCAGUAAGCUCAAGGAAGGUAUAAUGACAGAAAUGAGCACAUUCUGAUUAAUAUUGUUAUUCACUUCUCUACAUGGGACAUUUGAUGGAAUAUAACUUAAAACAGUGAUUCAUAAACAGCAACAUGAGGCUCUGCAAGCUCCUUAUGCUUUACCUCUGGACUUCAUACUAAUUUCUUCAGUCUUGCUUAAUUUGUUUGAACCUCAUCUUCUCUUUACCCACUACCUCCUUUCAUUAUUCUUACUUCUGUGACGUUAUCUAGAGGUUUGUUUUGUGUUUUUCAGUAUUCUUCACACAAAAAUUGAAUAGUGAACAAAACACAUAUUUGCAUAUUGUUGAUCAUUCCACACUAUGGGCACACUGCAAUGGAGAGUAUCAGAUCAUGCAGAGGGUUAUGAGGAAGAUGGUGUUUGACGAUAGUGUAUUAAUGGAGUCUACACUAGGAGGUCAUUUGUGAAUUUCACCACAAAAAAGGAUUCCUGCCUUCUGAAGUGGUAGCCUGUUGCAAACUUAAAUGAGAGAAGUAGAAGUUGCAGUACCAUGCAGUGCAACCAGCAGCAACAUGGGCCGCUACAACUAUGGCAAAAGGUGGAGGAUGCCACACUUUGUGAUUGAAAGAUGCAGGAUUUCUCAAGCAUCUCCUAGGGAGAAAUGCUGAAACAUAAUGGAAGGACAGCCAGAGGCAACACUGAAUGGUGGAAAAAAAUGGCUUUGUGUUGCCAUGGCAAAUGUAACUGUAGGUACAGGCAAUAAGAAAACUGCCUUACUGAUGAUUUAAAGAAUCCUAGUCUACUUUUGCUAAGUAGACUUAGGUACUUCAGUGACUGUUCUGUGAGCAUCCUGCCGUGCUGGUGCUGUAGGAUUCACAGCAGUUUGUUGGUGCUCUGUUCAACAUAAGCACAGGAAUAACUUGCAAGAUUUUUUCUUUUCUGAUAAAAAAAUGUACAUUUAAGGGGAGAUAAAAGAUUUAUUUAUGAAUUACGUAUAGAGCACAGAAUUUACUGAGUAUAAUAAAUAAAUAAUAUAUACUGGUAAAUGCACAUUAUGCAAGCUAGGUUAUCUUUUUCAAAAACCCUAUUUUGUUAUUCUUCAAGUCUGAGCUGCCUUUCUUUGGUGAUUGGAGGAAGUCUGAGAACAGUCCUUCACAGAGUACAUAUGAUCUCAAAAUAGCUGAAAUCAAGGUAGAAAUGUUGAAUGAAUUAAUUAAUGCAUUAAUAUUUCCCUCACGUUUAUUUUCUUGUUUGAUAUAUAAUUUCAAAAUUCAUCCUUUGAAUUUUAAAACCUUUACUUUUACUGUGGAAAUAUGCAAGUAUGUCAAGUGGGAAAGAGGGAGCAGCAUUGAUUCCACUGUUGCAAUUGAUCUAGGUUUUUGAACUUUUCCUUUAUUAUUAAUUAAUAUCAUAUAUCAAUAUAUAACUCUCCCAAGAAGAAUACCCUAGCAUGUACAAUUUGUGGCUCUGUUAAAGGCUGCCAUGGCUGCAAAUAUGCAAUUUUUUUCUUUUCAUCCACAGAAAGUAUUCUUAAAUCACGGAUAAUUAUUUACUUAAAAAAUAAGGUUGUGUGACUCUUAGUUAAUAUUUUCCAAAAUAUCAGUUUUUUGUUCCUUUGACUUGGUUACUGUGAAAAACCAUAACAAAUGUAAAUGGAAAGCAACCUGGGAGUGAAUUGCUUUUGGGUUGAUGGAAGACUGGUGCAGAAUAUGACAAUCCUAUUAACGUAUUUAAAACCUGGAACAAAAUUAAAACUUCAGGUUGUUACUAUAAAUGCCUUGCUUGUAUGGUCAUCCCUAGUCACCUGACUUUUAAAUUUUAAAUUUAGUUAAAAAUAAUGUAAAUAUGUUAACAUGUGUAUUGUAUGUGGAAACUGGGUUGUUAAAAUAGCCUUAUUCACCUUUUUAGGGAAGAAAACUAAACACAGCAAAACAAUUUUUGGUAACCAGCUUGUGUAAAUAUUAAAAUGUUUUUUAUAAACUCUUAAGUGAGAUGUUUUGUAUAAAAUCUGAAUUUUUUGCAAUGUAUUUUAGCUAUAGCUUGCUGUAAAGCAGUGUCAUUCUGUUCCCCUUUGCACUGUUUUAAAAAAUUGUUUAAAAAAGAAAAAAAAAGUUGCCAAACUGACUGCUGCAUAAUUGUGCCAUAGGUGUUUACCAUAAAUAUUUAUUUAACUUUUUUGUCCAGUUUGUAAGUAACACAGUAUUAUGCUUGAGUUACACCCUUUUUCCUUUUUUACUUAGUCUGUCAUAGUUUCUAGCUUUUAGUUCCACUUUGCAGUUACAAAUGGCCAGGCCAAAAAAGAACACAUUCCACAAGUCUGUUACAAACUGAAAUUGUUUUUCAAUAAAAUGUUUUUCCUAUGGA